UUGUCGAUGACUGCAGCCGGCGUUGGUAUCACACUCACAGCUGCCACAGUUGUGGUAUUCGCUGAGUUACACUGGAAUCCUGGGACAUUGAACCAAGCAGAAGAUCGAGCGCAUCGAGUCGGUCAAAAGGAUUCAGUCUUCAUCCAGUACUUAUUGGCGAAGAGUACGGCGGAUGAUGUUAUGUGGCCAUUGAUACAAAAGAAACUCGACGUGCUCAGCUCGUGUGAUCUCUCGUCGGAUUCAUACAAGGACGUUGGUAAAGUCGAGAAGAAAGUUCGUAAUGAAAGUAAGAGUGGUAUCGGUGAAUAUUUUACACAAGCGAAACGCAGUAAGCCGAAUGAAGACGAAGAUCAGUGA